AUGUCUGACAGCAGGAUAUAUUCAGCAGUGUACUCUGGUGUCGCUGUCUACGAAACAGUCGCGAACGAUGUAGCUGUGAUGCGACGGCGGAACGACUCCUAUAUGAACGCUACCCAGAUCCUCAAAGUCGCUGGCAUUGAGAAAGGAAAACGCACAAAGAUUCUUGAACGUGAAGUCCUCAUUGGAGAACAUGAAAAGGUGCAAGGUGGCUACGGCAAAUUUCAAGGAACUUGGAUACCACUUGACAAGAGUCGACAGCUUGCAGAACGAUAUGGUGUAUUGGAGAUGCUGAAAUACAUUAUCGACUUUAUUCCUCCUGCUGCUGGAGAUGAUAACGAGGAGAAUCAGUUGCCUACCAAAGAGCAAGCAAUGAUUGCACAACGAAGGCUUGCUCAGCAACAGCAACAACAACAGCAGCAGCAGCAACAACAUCAACUUCGUAAGCAUCAUCAUCAUCAUCAUCAACCACAACCACAACCACAACCACAACCUACGCAACAAACACAGCAACAUCAACCACAACAACGACAUCAUUAUCAAACUCCCGAUCCACCUCAUAGUCAAUAUCGACCAGGAGAAGAACCGAAUCGUAAAAGGAUAAAGAUUGAACAGCAACAGCAACCAUUACCACCACCUGCAGGCGCCUCUACGGAUGAACAUCGAAGUCUUCUUACGGCAAUUUUCUUAUCGGAUGACUCUGAGCACAUUCGUGACCUAUUAAAGAACACGACCCCGACGAAUUUCAAUAUUGAUCUUGUGAUUGAUGAACAAGGCAACACGGCGUUACAUUGGGCUGCUGCGCUGGCACGCACCACCAUUGUCCAAUUGCUCGUGUCCAAAGGCGCAAACCCAGCAUGCGUAAAUUAUGCAGGCGAAACACCGCUGAUGCGUAGUGUCAUGGUGACCAAUUCUUUCGACAACAACAGCUUCCCUACACUCCUUGCAUCCCUCGGUGGUACCGUGAAUGCUAUCGAUCAUAUUCGACAGACUGUCCUACAUCACGCGGCUAAAACGGCUGGUAUCCAUGGUCGCACUUCUGCAGCUGUUUAUUACGUCAACCAUUUAUUACAUCUCCAACGUCUUUCCAUUCUUGAUUGGCAGGAUCAUCGUGGUGACACCGCUCUCAAUAUUGCCGCUCAAUUGGAAUGUCCAGAGCUCGUCGAUAUGCUAGCACGUGCUGGUGCCAAAAAGGAUGUUGAGAAUAAUGCGGGUUUGACGGCAGAGGAUUACAAUGAGGAUAAGAAUUCUCAAGUAGAAGAUUCAGAAGAUCAUCAGCACCACCAACAGCAACAACAAUCCAAACCCAAUGUCGUUGUACCUAGUGAACGUGGUCGUGAGAUUGUUUCUACUGUACAAAAGAUUGUGGAUGCAUUGGAUGAAGAAUAUGGUGGACAACUCAACCAACGAGAUGGUGAAUUACAGCAAAUAGAAAGCGAGCUUGAACAUGCCACCAAAGAGCUUGAGACAACAAGGAAAGAUCUAGAGGCACGGCAGACCCAAUCCCAACGCCUUGUAGAGGCCCAGCAAAGAUUCAGGAAUUUACAAGCUGCGCUUCAGACCGAAUGGGAUCGAAUGACAACAACCCCUGUGGACACCAUUACUGCCCUUGAUGAAUUGGAUGAUACCCAAGAUGUGGAUGCAUCUUUUGCACCGUCGCAAGAUGAUUCAGAUGAAAAGACACAAUCAUCACCGAAUGAACCUUUGACACAUCGCGUAAAGAUUCUUCGAGCACGCAUUGCUGCAUACAAGCAAAAUGAUCAAGAUUUACGAGCUGAAGUCGAGGAACAAAGAGCACAGUCGGCCGAAAAGGAAUUACAAUGCAAAAAGCUGAUAGCGGCGUGUUGCAAUUUACCGAUAGAAAAGAUUGAUGACCUUGUUGAACCACUUAUCCUUGCUAUUGAAAGCGACCCACCUGAUCUGGAUUUAGCGCGUGUCAUUGGCUUCAUGGAGAAAAUACGACGUCAAGGAGCAUUCUCAGAUUCGCUUACUUCAUCACAAUCAUCAUCACCACCCCCCUCAGCAUCCACAGCAGCCAUGCCAACAGCAGCACCUACUCCACCAAGUACUUCAGGACACCACACUACCACCUCCACAACAUUACCCCCAGUAUCACCCAGAGAACCAGUUGGUAUUCCCAAUGAUCAUCCUUCCACUCCCAAUAGCAAUGUAACGGAGCAAUACUAA